GCGGGAAAAUGCUCCUGCGCGUCUACUCGAGUCUUUCCGGCAGACUCCGGGGAGGCUGAACACGCGCCCAGCGCAGAGAAAAGAGUAGCGAAGCCGCCGGAGAAAGUGAGCCAAGCAUCGGCUAGGGCAGCCGUGCGACCCGGGGACGUGUCUCGCCUGUUUUCCGUCGGGAAGACCGGGCAGUGUGAAGGACUGGCGGCUCCGGUACACAAGAAUGAGAGAGGCCCUCGAAAGGAGGGGCCGAAAACAUGAACGGGGCCGUGUACAUUUCGUUUUUUCAGGGGCAGCUGGAGUCUGUGCUGGAGCAGGUCGUUCAGUUCGCCGUCCAGGAAAUCAGCAAAACGGUGGGCUCCAGUCUGAACGCGCUGCUGCUGGAAACCGCCGUGAAAGAGCAGGAAAACCACCGGCUCCGGCUCCAGCUGCAGUCUCGGGAGAACCGGGACAACACCAGCGCCGCAGACGGCGGGGACUCACCGCGGAAGAGGAGUGACGAGGCGGCGGAGAGCGGCAGGACAAAGCCCGAGCAGAGGAUUCACGCCCCCGGAGGACAGAGCACUGAGCCCCGCUGCUACACCGACACACGCCGCCUGGAGCAGAGGGGACGAGUCGUAGGUCAGCUGAAGUCGGUCAUGGAGCAGGUCCUGAACUUUGCUGUGCGUGAGCUGACCAAGAUCGUGGAGGCGUCGUUUGACGACCUGCUGCUGGAGAUCACCAAGAUGGAGCAUGAGCAGCAGAUGCUGGAGGAGAGACUGCGCAGGAGUUCUGAUGCAGGGGGAGAAGAGAAGGGGAGAGGGGGAGGAGCCGGGGGGAGGAGAAGAGGGUCAGAGAACGACUCUGUAUCUCCCAGUGGCUCAGAGGACGCUCGAGAGGAGCACGCCGAGGUCACCAUGUCCAAAAAGACAACAGAGACGCAGGAGCGCCCCCCGGUGCUCUCAGUCUCUCAGGACUGGUUUCCAAUCCUGGACAAAGUCUUUGGUCAGAAAUGGUGCAGUGACGUCCUGCAGAUCAAAGAGCUGGGUGGGGAAGGAGGUGGAGGUGGGAGGCAUGAGGAGGCGGCGGAGCCUCUACCAGCUCCCUCAGUGACCCUGGAGCCCUCCCCCUCCUCCCCCCAGCAGGAUCCUCGCUGGACACCUCUGGAGGACAUGGAGGUCUUUUCUCCUGAUGCCGAUGUAGAACCCGCAGACAGUCGGAAGAGCAGUGCUACCAAUGCUACUGCUACCAGCGCCAGUGCUACAAAUGCUACUGCUACCACCGCCAAUACUACCGCUACCAACGCUGAUGCUAAUGCUACCAACGCUGCCAGAUCCUCACCUGGCCUCUCGCCUGGCCCCCCUCUCAGCCCUGCAGGCUCGUCCGGGCAUCACUCUUCAGCAUCGAUGCUUCAUCGUCUUCUGACGCUGCCGUCUCAGCUGUUGGAGGACGCCGGUGAGGACGCCACUGCCCGGGACGUCCUCGCUGCUCUGGAGAACGAGGACACCAACAACUGCCGGGACGGAACUGAGCUGCCGGGCUCAACCAAGGAGGGGGAGGAGGAGGAGGAGGAAGAGGAGGAUAAAGGGAGGAAGAAGAAGAGGCGGAGGGUGUGGUCAGAGUGUGACGAGUGUGGGCGGAGAUUCAGUCGCAUGUCUCUCCUGAAGGCUCACCGCCAAACCCACGUCGCUGAAACCGUCACCGACACCUCGUCCCCGCCGUCUCCUCCCGGUGCUGCCGCCACCAACACGCCGCUAUGCUGCUCAGACUGCGGCAAGAGGUUCUCUUCAGUGACCCGCCUCCACAGCCAUGUCCACACCCAGCACCCCGCCCACCAGUCCUGAACCCGUCCGGUUCCACCAGGAAGAACUGGGCGUAGAUACAGGGUCAUAAGAGGACAUGCACCUUAGGACAAGGACUGAACCAGAUCAAAAUCAAAAUCACAUCACAACCAGAACUAAAACCAGACUUCAACCAGAUCUCAGUCAGGACCAGAACAUGAUCUCAACCAGAAUUAAAACCAGGAUCAAAUCAUAACCAUAUCAAAAGCAGCACCUCAGAACUAGCUCACAGCCAGAACCAAUUAAAUACCUGACCAGGACUAGAACCAGAACCAGAUUGCUCUGCUAUCGUUGUCUGAAAGACGCAACCUGGACCAGGACCAGAUCACAACCUGAGGGUCAGACGCUAAUGUGGUAUAUGCUGCUGGGAGGACAUUACGUCCACCACGUGGUCUUCAGAAUCCAAAGAGCCAUCAUUUUAAUCCUAAUCUCAGUCUCGUUGGAACGACCUUAGCCUUUCACUCUAAUGUGACUCUGGUCACAAGGAGUGAUGAUGUGGCCACGCCCACUGUGGAGCAUCAAAGCAACACUUACAGCGACACCUUCUGUUCAACAGGAACCACGCACACAAAAGACCGAGCGAUGGGUCCAACCCUGGAGCGGAUCACCGGAGCGGACUUGUGUUCCGACAGGUGGAGGAGCGAAGUCACAUGUUUGAGGACAGGACACCGGGCUGCUGCUGGUGACCUUGCUGGUGAAGUCAGACAGACUCCGCCUACCUCGUUUCCUGUUUCCUAGUUGUGACAAUGUCUUGUUUUUAAUGUUGGAACUUGGAAGAGCGAGGACGGCCAGUGACCUUUGACCUCUUUCACGUCUCUUUAUUUCUCCUCACUUCUGUGUUGUUGUUUUUCUGAGUUUUUAAUUUUUCGACAAAAUCGUACAGGAAACCGUCGUCAUCAUCGCUGAAUGUGAAUCUCACUUUUUACUUUUCAGAAAACUGAUGAUGACAUGAAAAGAAGGGAAUGUGUCCUCUCUCCUAAAACACUGAUACCUCCUGACAAAGAAGUUAAAAGUCCGGGGUGUGAAAACGUGGCGACACAAGAUGGCGGACUUCGCUAAACUGGACUCUUGCCGCUAAAGUGCUGAAAAAAGGCGUGUUCUAAGGCUACGAAUCGCUGACCAUUCUGAACUCGUACAAACGUACUUGUGGGUCGUUUCUUCCGUUUAAUCCGGUUUGUGUGGAAGUCCAUUUCUGCCAAAACAAAACGCCAAUAAUGCGAUAUUCGCUCAAAGUGUGCUUACUGACGCGAGUGUGGACAACGACAUGCAACGUUGCGUCACUCGGAUUUUUCACUCAUGAAAACUUAAACCAGGGGUCAGUAAGGGGCGGACCACGGUCCGGACCCAGGCUCUGUCCUGUCUCUGAUUGGCCUGUAAGUUAGCCAAUCCCAGGCAGAAUAGGGCGGGCGUUCAUUGAACAACGGUGAACGUGUGAGUCAGAACUGUGGUUUGUUCCAGACAGUGUGUGGUUGACAUCAAAAACCGGGCUUUUAAUCCGGAAUGGAGUGAGGAGGCGUUCAUGUUCAUCCUUCCCUGAGGAAGCUGGACACCAGGCUUUUAGCUAGCAGGGCGUCCCUGUACUGAAAAUAAUGAGAAGUAGAAAGACGCCCUGUUUCCCCGGGAACUUUGCUGAAUGUGAUCAAAAUUCACUGAUUCAAGCUUUCUGAACAGUUGCUUCACCGUUAUCUCACACUUAUCUGACCGUUAUCUCACACUUAUCUGACCGUUAUCUCACAGUUAUCUGACCGUUAU